AUAUUGAGGUGGUGGAGACUGAAGAACAAAGCAACCUGGAUCACCGAGUCACUGCAUGGAUGUCAGCUAUCUUGGAGAGUCAUCCAUGUUCUGGCUGUAGCAAAAAAAGAUGGUGGAUCGUUUGGCAAACAGUGAAGCAAAUACUAGACGUAUAAGUAUAGUGGAAAACUGUUUUGGAGCAGCUGGUCAACCUUUAACUAUACCUGGACGGGUUCUUAUCGGAGAAGGAGUAUUGACUAAGUUGUGCAGAAAGAAACCCAAAGCAAGGCAGUUUUUCUUAUUUAAUGAUAUUCUUGUUUAUGGCAAUAUUGUCAUCCAGAAGAAAAAAUACAACAAACAACAUAUUAUUCCCUUGGAAAAUGUCACCAUUGAUUCCAUCAAAGAUGAGGGAGACUUGCGGAAUGGAUGGCUUAUCAAGACACCAACUAAAUCAUUUGCAGUUUAUGCUGCUACUGCCACUGAGAAAUCAGAGUGGAUGAAUCACAUAAAUAAAUGUGUUACUGAUUUACUCUCCAAGAGUGGGAAGACACCCAGUAAUGAACAUGCUGCUGUCUGGGUUCCUGACUCUGAGGCAACUGUAUGUAUGCGUUGUCAGAAAGCAAAAUUCACACCUGUUAAUCGUCGUCACCAUUGCCGCAAGUGUGGUUUUGUUGUCUGUGGGCCCUGCUCUGAAAAGCGAUUUCUUCUUCCCAGCCAGUCCUCUAAGCCCGUUCGGAUUUGUGACUUCUGCUAUGACCUGCUUUCUACUGGGGACAUGGCCACAUGCCAGCAGCCUACUAGAUCAGACUCUUACAGCCAAUCCUUGAAGUCUCCUUUAAAUGAUGUAUCUGAUGAUGACGACGAUGAUGAUAGCAGUGACUAAGGACAUAUUUUGGAAUAUUUAAUUGGAUGUGACUGAGAAAUCAGCUUCGGGGGAGAUGUAAAAUCCUCAGCUCUCUCAGCUUUGCUCUAGCCAUGAAUUUGCCUGAGAAACUUUUAACCUAUGUGCCUCAAUAUAUUCUAGAAAAUAGGCCCCUUGCCUUCUCUCCUCCACAGUCUUCUACAGGGAUAGACUAUUGCAAAUGUAUCAGAUGAAUUUUUGAUUUCUUGUUUAUUUCUGGAUUAUUUUCUUUGAAGUUUGGGAAAAGAUAUUUAUUUAACAGAUCAUGUACUACAUUGUUUUUAUUUUCUGUUAUAUGGAAAAACUAAGGCAUAGAAUGAUGGGAAUAGGAGUAUAAUGUGGUUAGUUAAUAAGGUUAUUAGCUUUUUGUUAACUAUCCUAUCUAAUAGUUAAGACACCAGAAACAAAAAUACAUGAUUUGGAAAUACUUUGGCUUUUUUAUAUACCAAGUGGUGCCUUUUCAUAAUAGCACUGUUACAUGAAAUAAUCCCCCACCUUCUCACUUUUUGGUUUAAAAUACACUGGUGCUCUUUAAGGGAAUAAAAUGAUAAAAUGA